ACUUCAAACCGCCCUGCCAAUUCUCAGACGCUCCAACGAAACGCAGUGUACUAUCCCCGAGCCGGCACCACACACUUACAGCACUCACAGGAGAACAAGUAGAGAGAUAGAGACAGAACUUACCGUUCUCUAGAACUCGUCUGAUCGAUUUUCAUAAUUUACCGCGGCCUAAAACGACCACAAACAGUCUGCGAUUCUCGCAGGGCUAAAGUCCGCGAUCACACCUGAUAGAAUUAGAGGAGGAGGGAUUGCAGGGAGAGCACUUAGGAGACUAGCAGAGCCCAUCGAACCGCCGAACCGAAAGUCGCAACAUAAUGUCACCAAUACUACGAUUAUCCGCUCCAUCGACCUGUUUGCGCUGUCGCAUCCAAUCAGCCGCCCGUCACUCGCGGUUCGUUCCACAAACACCUGCGAUCCCGUUGCGCACAACACCGCAAUCAUUCCGUUCUCUGCAUAGCAGGCCGUCAGCGCCCGCUCCGCCGCUGUCGCAGGCAUCUUCCCUAUCACAAGCCACCCAAAGUGCAAGGACACAGCCUCUCAGCACCGCUGCAACGGCGCCGUCUACCACGACGUCUGCCACGAAUCUGCCGCCAGGAACUUCCGUCCGAAAAGCAGCUGCGGCUCCCAGGUUUGCGCCGAGGAAAGCAGCACUGACAAUCACCCCACGAGCAGUCGAGCGCCUCCGCAGAAUGCUCUCCAACCCUGAAAAGCCACAAUACCUGAAAGUAGGCACCAAAAAGCGCGGCUGCUCAGGCCUCUCCUACAGCCUCGACUACGUAGCCGCACCCGGCCGCUUCGACGAAGUGGUGGAGCAGGACGGCGUAAAAGUGGUCGUGGACUCCAAGGCUCUGUUCAGUCUUAUUGGCAGCGAGAUGGAUUUCGUGGAUGAUGUGCUGCAUUCGGAGUUUGUGUUCAAUAACCCGAAUGUCAAGGAGACGUGUGGGUGUGGGGAGAGCUUUAUGGUUUAGAAAACUGGUCAGCGGACGCCAAGUAGUACCGGGGCCGUUCAAGCAUAUAUCCCACGUUUUUUCGUUCAAGCAUUUAUCUGCUGCAAAUACCAUGCGUGUGUAUUCCUUUUCUUUUUGGUUCAUAGACAUCAUCACCACGAAAUGCAUCCAUAACAUGUUAUCUCCCCAAAUGUUUUUUCGUGCACGUUUGCACUCGAACGCCAAAGCCUGCGCCCCCUUGCAUAGUAGUAAAAAAAAAA